GGGGGGCCGAAGGGAAGUCCCGCCUCUGCCCCGCUGCCGACGCCGCGGACUCGGCGGCUCACCCGGCCCGGUCCUGGGAGGCCGGGCAGGUGAGGCCUCGGUGUGCCGAGACCUCCGGUUUCGACCGUGCGAGAUCUGAUUCCGGAGCUGCCAUGAUUGAAGUGGUAGCAGAGCUGAGCCGGGGACCUGUGUUUCUGGCGGGGGAGGCGCUGGAAUGUGUGGUGACCGUCACCAACCCCCUCCCCCCCACGGCUACUUCAGCAUCCAGUGAGGCUCUGGCCUGGGCUAGUGCCCAAAUCCACUGUCAGUUCCAUGCCAGUGAGAGCCGAGUGGAACUGCCUCCCCCUGAUUCCAGUCAGCCAGAUGUCCAGCCUGAGAGCCAGACUGUCUUUCUGCCUCACCGAGGAGAGAGGGGUCAAUGUAUCCUUUCUACUCCACCAAAAAUCCUGUUCUGUGACUUGAGGCUAGAACCUGGAGAGUCCAAAUCAUACUCCUACAGUGAAGUGCUGCCCAUAGAGGGACCACCCUCCUUUCGGGGUCAGUCAGUCAAGUAUGUCUACAAACUGACCAUUGGCUGCCAGCGUGUCAACUCCCCGAUCACUUUACUCAGGGUCCCUUUGAGGGUUCUUGUGCUGACUGGCCUUCAGGAUGUCCGGUUUCCCCAGGAUGAGGCUGUAGCCCCAUCCAGUCCAUUCCUGGAAGAGGAUGAAGGUGGAAAGAAGGAUUCAUGGCUAGCUGAAUUGGUUGGGGAGCGCCUCAUGGCUGCCACAUCCUGCCGCAGCCUCCAUCUGUACAACAUCAGUGAUGGCCGAGGGAAAGUUGGGACAUUUGGCAUAUUCAAAUCUGUAUACAGACUCGGCGAGGACGUGGUGGGAACUUUAAACUUAGGGGAAGGAACCGUAGCUUGUUUGCAGUUUUCAGUAAGCUUACAGACUGAGGAGCGGGUACAGCCUGAGUACCAGCGGCGUCGUGGGACAGGGGGUGCCCCUUCUGUGUCCCAUGUGACUCAUGCCCGGCAUCAGGAGUCCUGCCUGCAUACAACCAGAACCAGCUUCUCCCUCCCCAUUCCUCUCAGCUCCACUCCAGGCUUCUGCACAGCAAUUGUGUCUCUAAAGUGGCGACUGCAUUUUGAAUUUGUCACAUCCCGAGAACCAGGUUUGGUACUCCUACCCCCCAUGGAACAGCCUGAGCCUGCCACCUGGACAGGGCCUGAGCAAGUGCCUGUAGACACCUUCAGCUGGGACCUCCCCAUCAAGGUGCUGCCUACGAGCCCCACCCUGGCCUCAUAUGCUGCCCCAGGCCCCAGCACUAGCACCAUAACCAUCUGAAACUGGCCCAACUGCAUACUUGUCUUCAGGAUACUGGGAACCCAGCACCUGGACUCUAGUAGGGCCCACUUUUCCCACCUGGGGCCCAAUGGCAUGGACAAUGAGAGGCAGACUUUCAGCUGUAGCAUUAACUUAUUUAUUCAGAAUAAAUUGGCAGCUACUAGUGGUUUCCCUAGAAGUGGCAGCAGCAGUGGGCAGUCAGCAGAAGGGUGAUCAGAUGAGUUUAACUGGAGUGGGGAGCAGGAGCCCCAGGAUCAGGAGUGUUAGCCGAGCCCCACUCUAGGUUGGGUCCUCCCCCUUUGCAGGGCAGCCGAGGGUCAGAUUUUUGCACCAGGGAGAAUUGGCAGGUUCCUGCCUCCUGACGUACCUCACAUCCAGCGGGGAAGUCGAUGGGAUGCUGGGACCUAAGGAACCAAAGGAUAGGGAAGGAGUCAACAGAGUGAAGGACCGCCUCUAUCUCUGCUCCACAUCCCUCUCUCCCAGCAUUCCUCCCAUAUCUUCCUUCAUUGCUUUCCUGCUCCCCCUCACUAAGCUCUAGCCUACCAUAUAUGGACUUUUUCAUUUCAUGACAGGAAUAUUUUCCUUCCAGAUACACCCUUGUCCACUUUGUAGCCUGAUGGCUUAUCUUUCAUGCUGUUGUUGGUACCUUCAGGUUUGGCUGUCUCAUACUGCUGCUCUGUUCAUUCUCACAUCACGGCAAUCUAGUCACUCCCUGGCCAUCCCUUAGGCACUCAUGUCUCUGGCCAUCCUUGGUCACUUACGUGUCACAGCAGCCCACACCGACGGGAUGCAGACAGGUGCAAUGGAAACAGUCCUUGCGGAGCCAAGACUCACCCAGGGUAAAAUAUUUCCCUUCAUAGUGACAGGGAGCUAGGGAAAAAUGAGAAAUGUUAGUGUAUGUGGGAGUGGUAGAGGUAGACAAAAUCCCUUCUUAUCUGGGGUGGAAGACAGUAAGAGCAUACUCUCCCAUAUUUAGUUUUCCUUUUCUGCUUUAGAGCUGGAGAGAGUUUAGAUAUUCUGCCACUCUGACACAGGAUCAUCACUAAGCCCUUCACCCCAACUCUUUCCGCUCCUGUCCUUUCCUGACACCUCCCCCAGCUUUACCUUGAGCUUGGAAGUAGCACUUGCUGUGAACUCCUGGGUACUGGAAGAGUAGAGACAUCACCAAGCAGAUGAUCCCCUGGCUUCCCAGGGUCCCCUUGGCCCGUCCAGCCCAGAGCAUCCUUAGGGUCAUUCCUUCAGCACAGCCCUCUUGGACCCUUUGUGGCUUCUGUCUCCUUGGCUUUUCUUUGUUUCUUUCCUUGCGUUUCUUUCUCUCUCCCUUGGGCUCCUUUCUCAUACCAUCUCAGUGCCCUCUGCUCUCAUAGGCUUGGGGAUGUUUAUAAAGUGAGGACCCUGGCCCCCUGCUGAGCAGAGCUGGAAAAGCUGUAACUCUGUUUCCUGAGGUGAGGGCAUGAAAACAAGAGGUCUAACUUUAACAAGCUGUGAGCGCUGAUUCAUGCCCCAGCACAGCUAGGGGGAGGGAGGUAGCCAUGGAAGGGGCACUGAACUGGGCACUUCCCCAGCAAGGAGUUGGGAGGGGUGAGGGCCCCCAGGUGGUCCCUAGAUCUCUUCCCUGGCCUGGAGAGGAGGAAGCAUUCCACUACACCCCCCACCCCCAACACACACACUCCAGGGGUGUGUAUGCUGGGAUCCCUGCCUGGACCGGAGGGAGGCAUUUCCUGGGGAUGGCUAAUUCUGUGCCCCAGCCAAACCAUGGAGCUGAAGUGGGGUGCGACAGCCAGAGGUUCCAGGAGAGGGAACAGGCACCUGGAGGGCAGGAUGUGUUUCGAUUAGAUCUCGGGGCAGGGUCUCUUUGAAGUAGCCUAGAGAUAGGGCUGCUCCUCUGAGAUGGGGAGGGUUCUGUUCUGCAGGCAUCCCAGAGGUGAACUAUCCAUUGCGCAUUACCCUAAGACAUAUAGUAGAUGCAGAAGCAUACCUGGAGAUGGUUCUCCCCUCCCUUUCAGAGAGGAGCAUCUCCUCUAAAUGCCCUAAUGGUAUGGGUCACUCCAAUUUCAGAGGUAGCCCCUCCUUUCUUCCUCUAUAGGAUGGAAUGAGGUUUUAGGAAUUUAUCCUCCAACAUCCUUCUUUUGAGUUUUCAGAAGGUUCUGGAGGACCUCAAGAUGGGUGAUUAAGAACAUAGGCUGUGGAGUCAGAUUACCUGGAUUCAGAUCUGACACCACUUACUAGUUAUGCAACCUUGGGCAAGUUACUUCACUUUUCUAAGCCUAUUUCCUCAUCUAUAAAAUUGGAGAUGAUAAUACCAACUCAUAGUAUUGUCAUGAAGAUUAAAUGAGAUAAUGCAUGUACAGUUCUUAGCAUUGUCUGGCACAUGUUGUUGUUGUUAGCUGACCCUGUGUACAACAGAAACACUGCCUAGUCCCACACCAUCCUCAGCAAUCAUUGCUGUUUGAGCUCAUUGUUGCAGCCACUGUGUCAGUCCAUCUUGUUGAAGAUCUUCCUUUUUUUCGCUGAGCCUCUACGAAGCAUGAUGUCCUUCAGGGACUGGAGCCCUCAGAAGAGAUUAGUUACUAUGAUUGGUGCUACAGCUGAAAGACUUUGUUUUGUUUGAAUGACAUUGAGCAGCUCCGUUUGCACAGCUGAGGGGUUCUGUCUGAGGCUGCUAUCUCCUGGUAUAGACUUCUGCCCUGUCACAGUCAUGCUCCAUGUCAUCCCUACCACCUCCUUCAAAAACAACUACCUCUGAGAGCAUUUUAGUUUUGGUUCUUGUGUCCUUGAAAUUCUGAAUGUCUGAUUUGAGAAACAGCAGUGCUGAUAAAUACUUACUGUUUUCCCCAGGUCAGUACUCUCACCUCUACCCUGGAAAAGUCCCAAAGUUAGGUCCUACAAGAUAACUCCAUUUCUCCCAUCCCUGCUGACUUGGAACUCUUAAUUCUCCUUUCUUUCCACUCUAAUGCUAGCUAUGUCUUUGGUAUAAGGCCCUUGCAAACUGGAUUUUUUUUUUUCACUUUUGCACACUUAAAGAUUCUUGUUCCAAGUUUUUCCUUGUUAUUUACAGGGUAAUAUCACUUCAGCAUUUAUUCCAUUUUUUUAUUAGGCUCCAGUCCCAUUUCUUCUGAGACUCUGUCACCUAGUAGAUCAGAUACAGUUACUUCAGGCUUUUUCAGGAGCCCUGGUGGUGCAGUGAUUAAGAGCUCAGGCUGCUAACCAAAAGGUUGGCAGUUCGAAUCCACCAGCUGCUCCUUAGAAACCCUAUGGGGAAGUUCUAAUCUGUCCUUUAGGGUGGCUAUGAAUUGGAAUUGAUUUGAUGGCAAUGAGUUUACCCUGCCUCUUACCUCUUCGACAUUCAGAAAUAACUUCGGUCUACCUCAAACUCCCUAGCUGUCCUCUUCCGGGAAGAUAGCUUGGAUGGAGGUUCAGACUGCACCAAAUAUUCGCCCUAGUCUAGUCUGAACCCUUUCCAUUUCAGAGGAGCAAGAAAAAAGAAAAAACUCAACCUUGUAGUAGGAUGCCUGUAGGCUGUGUGUGAGGAGCAUGUCCUUGCCUCCUCUUGGCUGUAGUAGGUGGAUUAGGCCUGUCUGGCACAAGGACCCAGAAGUCUUUUCAUCAGUAGCUCUGCUGCUGCUUUUCUGAGGGAGGGGGUUCAGCUGACACCCUAGAAGGCUGCUGCAAACCAGAGCCACCCCGAGGAUGAGAGUCGGAAGCUACUGAGCAUGAAAGUGGUGGUAGUGGUGGAAGGUGAAGGGAGCCAAGUGGAAAUGGGGGUGGGGAGAGGUGAUGGGGACAGAAGUGAGCCACCUGUAAUGAAAAUGAGGCAGGUAUAUUGCAGGGAGCGGGGGAGGCCCUUGCGGGUGUAGGGGACUUUGGGAUGAGAGGCUGGGGCUGAGCCAAAAUCCCUCUGCCAGAAUUUGGGGAGCAGCGAGGAGGUGUUGGUUGAACUGGCUUGCAUGCCUGCGGGUGUGUGUGCGUGGAGUGUGUGUGUGGGGGGGGUGUUUUUCUUGGGGGGAGCGGAGGAGGUGUGUGUUUGUGUGUAGGGGGAUGUCAGUGGUCAGCGCUGAACCUCUGACUCCUGGAGGAGAGGCCCUGUGGGGCGCGGGUUGUGGGAGGCGCAGCGGUUGGCCCGCAGGACCGGGAGGGAGAGGCUGGCGCGCGCCGCCCCGCGCGGGGACAAGGAAAACAUCCGCCGGAGGCCCGGCCGGGCCGCGCUCCAGCAGCGCGGGGCAGGUGCGCCGGGCGAGGAAGUGAGCGCAUUCCGGCCCCCCGGCCGGGCGGCCCUCCGGUGAGUCACCACAGACCCCCGCCGCCGUCGUGCGGCCGGAUAGGAGGGAUCAGCCGCUGCGAGGAGGGAGAGAAGAGCGGCCUUGCGGGGGUCGCGGGCCUGGGGAGUGAGCUGGAGCUGGAGCCUCUCAGGAGGCGGUUGGCGGGAGGCAUCCCCGGAAGGGUCGUGAAAGAUCCCCAGACAGAUUUGGCGGGGAAGCCUCCGAGAGAGUUUAUGGGGGAAAAAAUCUCCGCCGGUGCCGGUGUCCUAGUUUCUCCACAGGCACGAAACACAAAAUAGACGCUUAAUACAGUUUGUGGCUGAAUGGAGGAGGCACGUGGGGGAGAGCCCUGGGAGAACGUUGUGGGGCCGGGAGAAGGCCCCAGGUAGCGGGUACUGGAGAGGGAGAGGGGAGUGGGGCUCAUGGGGGGAGCGGGGGUCAUGAGGCUGGGGAGCGGAAAGGCAGGAGUUCGGGGACAGGUUUGGGAUUGAGGAGCGAGCGCUCUGUUGACUGGAAUUACAGAGAGAGAACGUCCACUUUGGGCCUUGGAGAACCAAGCGAAUGUAGAUGGAAGAGAAGAAUUCCACAUCAGGUGGGAAGGUGGGCCAAACGCCAGAGAUCUGCCUAGAGGCCUCUGUGGAGAGCGAAGGGUAGGUUUUAGGGAGCAGCAGGAGUUGGGGUUAUUUGGGUACAUGUAGCUAGAUCAUUAAAGGCUUUGAAUGCCAGAAUGAAGAAUUGACUUUGGUCUCAGAGUGGAGCCAUUGUUGGUCUUUGAGCAGGAGAAUAGUGGGUGUCUUAAAAGUGAGGUUAUAAGUGUCUAGCAUUACUGCUUGCCAUUCAGCUUUUGUCAAAAAUUAAAUACCGAUUUGCUAAUAUUUACAGUUAUUUAAAUUUUGCAUGACCAAAUUUAUCAAGCAAUAUAAGUGAUUUUGCUGAGUUAAAAAAUUUUAAAAUAAAAAUAGGAAAGUUGAAAAAUCUGAUUCAAUAUUUGAUUUAAAACCCAAAGGAGGCUAUCAAGAUUAAUUCUUAGGUGCAGAACCUUCUUCUUUGUCUUGAUUUUAUGCCAUUUUCCCCUCACUAAUCUGACUGGAAUCUGUGCUAUCAAUGUCUCAGUUCUUCUCUAUGAGUAGCAGAGCACUUAUAGUCUUCCUCUGCUGCAUCUUAUGGUCUUUAGUCUUAAUUUACUUCUGUGUGGUCAUUUAACCUGAAUCAAAUAAAAACAUUUCUUGGGAUGGGGGGCAUUGGGCUACAGUGUACAAAGACUUGGAAUUCACAGUUUUACGUGUUAGGUUACUUACCAUCUUCUGUGCACAUGUAUGUAAUUAUUUUCUGUAUUGACCCUGCAGCUGAUAAAUAGAAAGCUAAAGCUGUUUUAUUCACGUAGUAUUUCUAUGGCAUGGCAAUUUGUUAGCCUGUUUUCUCUUCUAAAAUCAACUCUGAAUGGCAUUUGGUACUUGUCCCAGAAAUUGACACUAAGGCUAUCAUGAACCUUAUAAUUUAAGUUAUCUUGGACAGUUACAAGGAUUAAGGAUCUUUAUAAUUUAUUUUAAAGACCCUUAAGCCCUGCAAUAGCCCUUUCCCCCCAAACAAGAAAAUCUGGGUCAGUUAAUGAAAAAUAGGAAAUUAUUUCCUAUUUUGGGCCCUGUUGCUUUAUCCUCUGCUCUUUCAGCCCUUGCCCUACCUUAUUCCCAGUGGCCUUUUUCUGCAUUCCUUCUUUGCUCUGCUGGGCAUCUUUAGAGGAAAACUUCACACCGACUUCCUCUACUAUAAAUUCUCUCCCUCCCCUCAACUCUACACUUCUCUUUGCCAACAUACACCACUACUACUUCAUUGAAUUUUUUAAAAACCCACAGCCCUUUCUGGAUCUUUUCCAUCCUUAACACUGUUUUGAAAUCCUCUUUUUCCUCCUUUAUCUUUGGUAAAACCUCUGAAUUUUAAAAAGCUAGACUUUCAUUAUUUAUUAUGUGAUCCUCUUUUGCCUUCAUUUCUCUUUACUACUUUUUUCUUAUUCUGAACUGUUUCUGAACUCCAUUAUCUGCCUUGCUAUAAUGUCUAUAUUUUUUCUUAGUUCUGCUUUUUGAAGCAAUGUGAAAGAAAUCUACUUGUUUUUCAAUGUGGCAGUUCUUUGAAGAUUUGAAAAGAGUUUGUUUUUUGCUAGCUGUUUGUCUAAGUUUUUCUCUUUACUCCAGUGCUAUCCAAUAAAACUUUCUGUGACCAUGGAAAUGUUCUCUACCUGAGCUGUCCAGUCAGUAGCCGCUAGCCACAUGCGGCUAUGGAGCACUUGAAAUGUCGCUAGUGCAACUGAGGAACUGGAUUUUUAAUUUAACUUAAUUGUAAUUACAUUUAACCAGCCUUCCCUCAACAUUAAAAAACAAAAACACUUAAAAUUUUUUUUUAAUACCCACGUGAGGCAAGUGGCUAUUGGAUUGGACAGCACAGCUCUAAACUCUGGGAGUUAGUGUUGUUACAUGGGGCUCUCUUAGCCACGUCAGAAGUCUUAUGGUCACCUCAAACACAGUAAAAACAGGCAUAACUGGGCUUUUAAAACUGUUGGGAGGCUAAUCUGACAUGUCACAACUGAGAAAAAAACAAACCCUACCCCUAAAGUACUGAAGAGUAAUGUCAGUUUCUGUUGAAUUUUCUUAGAAGGGAUACAAGAGGGUCAUAUCUCACAUUCCAUAUCCCAAACCAAAACUUUAAAACUUUCUCAUCCAGUCUCUUUUCUCCUAAAGUCCUUCUCCCAUUCUCAAAAACAUCUUUCCUCUUCCUCCUCCUUGAGCCUUAAUCUUCAUUCCCCUCUUUGAGCACCACCAUCUGCCCUCUUCCCCUUUAAGAAGAAUUCUCACUAGUGUUCUUGCUUCCCCAGUUUCCCUUUCUAUUCAUUAUCUCUGCUUUUUCUGUACCCACCGCUUUUGGAGGUGGUUAGGGGUUACCCAGCCCAAAUUUACUGCCAUCAAGUCAGUUCCAACUCAUAGUGACCCUAUCGGACAGAGUAGAACUGCCCCACAGAGUUUCCAAGGCUGCAAAUCUUUGCAGAAGCAGACUGCCCCAUCUUUCUCCAUCAGAGUAGCUGGUGGGUUUGAACUGCUGACCUUUUGGUUGGCAGUUGAGCACUUUCACCACUGUGCUACCAGGGCUCCUCUGGUUAGGGGUAAAGGUUGUAAAUAUUUACAAACUUUUUUUUUUCCCUUUCUCACGUGUUCCUAACCUCCUCCUAGCAGUUCUCUCAUUUUCUUUUUUAUCAUUGCUGGAGAUUUUUUUAUUUAAGCAUCCUUUUGCAGAGGAAUCUCUAA